AUGGAGAUCUUCCGCCAGUACGGUAUCUCCGAAGAUAUCAUAGCAGCCGGUACACCACCGCACCAGAUGAGCCAAAUUGUGUGGCAGACAAGCCUUGGUGGCGAGGGGCCAUUGGAUAGGAAGGUGUUGGGUGUGCAUGAUACGUGGGGAUGUAAGGUGGGUACGGAGCGGCAUUCUGUCUAUCAGAGAGAUGCCCCGCACAUGCCGUCCAACCUCCCUCUUCUUCGCUCAGAACCGGUUUUGCGGGCACAUGCAGAGAAACAUAACCCAGGCAAGAUCCUCUUCAACCAAAAAGUCGUCGAUUUCAAGGACGAAGGAGACGCGGUAUUAGUCCACGUUGAGACUGUAGACGGAAGACAGCUUAUGUACCGCGCUCAAUACGUAUUUGGCGCCGAUGGGGGCAAGACUGUGGGUGCUGCACUGGGCAUACAGAUGGAAGGCCCGAAACAACUUCGCAAAAUGGUUUCCGUGCAUUUUAAGGCAGAUUUAUCUCAGUACUGGGAUGACCGCACCUGCAUUGCGCACUUCGCGAACCCGGAGAGUGGAUCAGGGAGAAGAAGUGGCUCGAUGCUUCCGCUAGGUCCAUCAUGGGGACGGCACUCAGAAGAGUGGCAGAUGCAUUUCAGCACCGACGUUGGAGCCUCAGAGUUCUCUAUCGAGGACGCAAAGCCACGGGUCCGCGUUUUGCUGAAGCUGCCAGAUCUUGAAUUGGAAGUCGUCACCGUUUCGUCCUGGGUGAUGGAGCGAGUGCUGGCCGAUUCGUACAGAAAAGGGAGGAUAUUCAUCGGUGGAGACUCGGCGCACCGUCAUCCACCCACCACUGGUCUUGGUCUCAACACUGCGGUACAGGAUGCUCACAAUAUUGCGUGGAAAUUGGCCCUCGUACUGAAAGGAAAAGCUUCUCCUUCGCUUCUCGCCAUUAGGUUGCAAGAAGCACAGCUCGAACGCAAUCGCAUCCAUUUCGAGGCCCUUCUCGACGAAACUUCAGAGAUAGGGAAAGCGUCUCGUGCGACCCUUCAAAAUGUCAUUAAUAGUCAGGUAAUCGAGUUUGGAGCCCAUGAAAUGGAUCUUGGCUUGUUCUACCCCCAUGGUUGUGUGAUUGCAGAUGGCACGUCACCCCCUCCCCCGGACCCAAUACAUGAGAAAUACACACCAACUACAACGCCCGGGCACCGUUUACCGCACGUCUGGCUGGAACGUGAGGGGAAAGCUUUCUCGACACACGAUUUGAUAGGCCAGAAUGGUGAUUUCUUGCUCAUCAUAGAUCGUGAUGGCCAGCCUUGGGUUGGGGCCGCAACGCAGGCGGCCAAGGAAAGGAAUAUCGGGAUACGAAUUGCGCAAAUAACCGGUCCGUUCAAAGGAGUAGGAGAGAACGAAUAUCUGGAUCCUGAAGGGAGAUGGGAGCUGUUGAAAGGGUUCAACAAGGGUGGAGCAAUACUUGUGAGACCCGACAAUAUCAUUGGCUGGCGAGCAUUGGGACCAGGGAAUUCCAGUGCCGUUUCCGCAGCCUUUGACAAGAUCUUGGGGACUUCUGAAGUCUCCGUGGAUGGCCACGGUGUAGACAAAUUUUGGAACAAAUGGAACAAUCCAAGAUGA